AUGUUUGCGAAUGAAACUCUCAAAGUCCUUAAUCACUAUCGCGCGAAAAGACACAGCUCAAGCCUCACUUUAGUGCAAAAACGUGGUAUGCGAGAGGUACGAGAGCUGAUAAGGUUGAAAACCAUAAGACUAUCCGUUAGUGAUAAGGGUGGAGAGUUUGUCGUAAUUCCUUAUCAGUUAGAUGUGGAGGUAACGAAAAAGCAUCUUGAAGAUGCUUCGCUUUAUCACCCAUCAUCUGAGAAGGAAUUUAAAAGAAAAUACCGAAAAUUGAACCACGAAUGGGCCAAAAUGGCAAGGGCUGCUGGUUCAAAACCAUCAGUUAUCUCUCAACUUAAAGUUGCUUUACCAACUGUCUUGUACUUACUUAUAAAAACUCAUAAGUUAGUAUCCAGCGAUGAUCUUGCGUCUAACGAUCCAUCACUAUUUAAGGUUAGACCUAUCAUUAGCCGCGUAGACGGGCCAACGGACAGGAUAACAUGGUUUUUAACCCUAAUAUUUAACCAGUUGUUGAAACACAUUCCAGCCCAUCUUACGAAUACCCAGAUGUUUCUGGAUCGUCUACGUACUGCGCAGCCCAACAGCGGGUGCGUUAUGGAGUCCCUCGACGUUACCGCCCUUUAUACAAACGUGUCGAAUGACUCCGCAAUGCAAGCCGUACUUGAACUCCUUAUGCAACACGAAGGAGAAAUAAAUAUGUAUGGCUUCAAGAUAGAGCAGUUGAUGGCACUCUUAAAAGAAUGCUUGAGCUGCUCAAUCUUCAGAUGGUCCGGAAAGUACUACGCUCAAAUAAGAGGGUUGGCAAUGGGACAACGACUGGCUCCAAGCCUUGCCAUUGCNACAUUCCAGCCCAUCUUACGAAUACCCAGAUGUUUCUGGAUCGUCUACGUACUGCGCAGCCCAACAGCGGGUGCGUGA